CGAGCGGAGGUUGCGAGCGGACUCCCAUGGCCGGGUACUUGAAGCUGGUGUGUGCUGCCCUUCAGCGUCAGAGCUUCCACACUGCAGGGUGUUACUCUAAGAGCCGGACAGGCGCUGAGCACCUAUGGCUGAAGCGCCAUUUAAAGGACCCCUUUGUGAAGGCUGCGAAGGUGGAGAGUUAUCGCUGUCGAAGUGCCUUCAAGCUUCUGGAGAUGAAUGAGAGGCAUCGGAUUCUGUGGCCUGGCCUCCGUGUUUUGGACUGUGGGGCAGCUCCUGGGGCCUGGAGUCAGGUGGCGGUGCAGAGCGUCAAUGCCACAGGCAGAGAUCCUAGCUCUCCUGUUGGCUUUGUGCUUGGGGUAGAUCUUCUUCACAUAACCCCCCUGGAAGGAGCAACUUUUCUGUGCCCUGCUGAUGUGACUGACCCGAAAACCUUACAGAAGAUCCUUGAACUGCUUCCUGGUGGGAGGGCAGAUGUGAUUCUGAGUGACAUGGCACCCAAUGCCACUGGGAUCCGGGAUCUUGAUCACGACAGGCUUAUCAGCCUGUGCCUGUCACUUCUGGACAUGGCUCCAGAUGUUUUGCACCCAGGUGGAACGUUGCUUUGUAAGACGUGGGCUGGAAGUCAAAGCCAGCAGUUUCAGAAGAGAUUGACAGAGGAAUUCCAGAACACAAGAAUUGUAAAACCUGAGGCCAGCAGGAAAGAAUCAUCAGAAGUGUACCUCUUGGCCAAACAGUACCGCAGAAGAAAGGGCUCUGUGAAGCCAUGAGAGGAUCUGCCAUUCUUAAAUGGUCUUAAAUGCUGGGUCUUUUUAAAUUGUGGGUAUAACCUGAGUGCUUUUCUGAGGAGUGACUGGGAGCUUUGCUGUGAUCGGGAGAUAAGCAGGCCAUGUAGGUCUUUGUUUUAAACCAAACAGAGAUGACAUAUUUAAGGGCCAUGAAAAAUUAAAACCAGACUUCUAUAUCA